AUGAGCACCGAACUUGAGAGCAAACCUGAUGCGCCACAAGGGCGUCUCCAGAUACGCUCAACGUCAGGAAGCUCUCUGCCUGCUCGUGAGCAAAGUGCGGACUCCAGCGGAGAAGCACACGACUCUACUCUGCCUUAUUCUGACCGCCGUGGCGGCGAACCUCUCUCUGCAGCUGGAGAUGCCCCCGUGUCUGCUCCUUCGCGUCUGCAUUCUCCGCCCUCGUCUGCCGUCUCAGCCACUUUGCUAACACGCUACGGACCCUCGUUGGGCUUGUCUUCUGCGCUUGUUCCUACCCCUUCAGCUUCGUCUGGUUUUCCUCCUUUCUACAGUCUGCCUUCUGCCUCCCCGCUGUCUUCGGUCUUGCCAUCCUUAUCGCCUCCCUUGUUCCUCUCGACUCUGCUUCCGCUGCUCUCCAGUGCGCAAAACAUCAAGCCGGAAACGCUCCGCCAGGCGCUCGUUGCCGCCUUCCUCGCGGCAGGGGCGCCUCCCUCGGCGGGCGCGCCCAGCGGCGUGUCUCCCGAGGUGACAAAACUGUACCUAUCUUCCUGUUGUAGCACCGUUUCAGGAUUCCUUGCCUCCCUUCUCGGCGCAAACGCCGCGGCUGCUCGGCUCGAGGACCCGCGAAACGUGGCUGCCCAUGGCUUUGUGCACGGGUCGGACUCCGGCGCGUACCGGCGGACAUGGGGCAGCGAUGCCAGCCCCGCGGAGAAAGACUUUCGCGUCGAGCUUUUAGAGCUGCUCGCGCGCCGGCUGCUUGCGGCCCUGGCGACGGAGACCGAUCCGCUGAGGAGGCGCUUCCAAGUCGCUGUCACCACGCUGCUUGUGGAGCCUGUAGAGUGGCAAACGUUCGACCCGGCGCUGUACAGAGCACGUCAAAAGGAGAGCACUAAGCGCAACGUCACCAGCAAUCCGUCAGCCUUUCAGGCGUCCCUCUACGUCCCUACAGCUGCGACCGCGUCUCCAUUUGCAGGCCCGAGCCCUGGGGCCGCCGGCGCGGGGGUCCCUGCGGACGCCAAGGCGGGAGCCUUCUUGGCGGCCGCCGCAAAAGACGGUGUGUCGGAGAAAGCGAGCCAGAAGACGCGACGGCGGCCGGAGGAAAGCACUCGACCGCCUUCUCCUUCCAAGCUGGAGGGAGCGGUAUCGUAUGUAGGCGAGGGACGGGACACGCGUUCCGCUGGAGGCGACCGGCCGUCUUCCGUGCCUCUGGAGUCCGCAGAUAUCCGCUUGCUUCGGGUCCUGUCGGAGCGCCUAGAGCAGCAGGGCCGCCUGCUGGAGAUGCAGAUGCGCCGCAUCCAGACGCUGGAAAAGGUGCUCGCCUCUUUGGAAGACGGGACUCGUCUUCAUGCUCGUGGAAGCUCGAACCCGUCUCUCUCCUCUUCUGAAGCGCCGCCCCCGUCUCUGGAGGCUCCGCCGUCAUCCGCGGCUUCCGCAGGCCCGCAGUCGCUGUCUACGUCCCUCCGUGAUGACUCGCCCGCUCCGCCCGCUGCUCGGGGCUCUUCUGCGGCGCCCGCCGAGCGACGCGAGAAGGUCCUGCGGGAGCGUUUGCUUCCCUCGACACCGCUCUGGCGCUUCUUCGCGUUUUCUACGAUGCUGCUUCAGCUCGUCUCCGCCGCGUCUUUGCCGGCUGCACGGACGUUUCUGCGGCGGCUCCGGCUGCUGUUUUCGCGUCGCAAGCCAUGCAAAGAGCCUGUCUCCACAGAAGUGCAGAGCGGCGCCUCAGGCGCCCACGACCACGCCCUUGGCUCGGCGCGAGGCCCUGACGCGAGCGGCGACACCGCAGGCGGCGGCUUGGCGGGGGCGCGCGCAGCCCCGAGGGCGCGAUGCGGCACAGAAGCCGCAGAAAGCGGCCGAGAUAGCGCGGAAAGGGCCGGCGGAGCCCUGAAGGCUUCAGCGGAUCACGCAGGCCUGAGCGUAGGCCAAGAGGCGGGACCCUCUUCAAGCGGUGCACGCGUUGAGACGAGGGCGCGCAACGCCUUGCAGCGCUCGCUCGCGCCUCGCGUGGACGCCCCGAAGCACGACAAGCCCGUCGCCGUCAGCGGGGUGGGCGUCAUCGACCAAGUUCUCAACGACGAGAGAGUCGCCUCGCUCAUCGCGGACCGCAUGUGCCGCAUGCGCGGUGCCGCGUUGAAACUCAUGCAGAUGGUCAGCAUGAUUGAAGGCUCGCUUCCGCCGGUGUUGACCGAGGCUCUGAAGAAGACAAGGGACAGCGCGGAUAUCAUGCCGGAGAAGCAGCUGACUGAGACCCUCGUGCAAGAGCUAGGCCUUGACUGGCGACGUAACUUCGCUUCGUUUUCUCUCCGGCCUUUUGCAGCUGCGUCGAUUGGCCAGGUGCAUCGAGCGGCGCUCGCGGACGGCCAAGCUGUCGCUGUGAAGAUCCAGUUCCCAGGCGUGGCGUCGUCGAUUUCCGCGGAUCUGCGGAACCUGAAGACGCUCGUGCAGUGGACGCGGCUGCUGCCCCGCUCGCUCUUCCUAGACGUCCUCUGCGAUGAGAUGCGCGCGGAGCUGCUGGCUGAGUGCGACUACAGCAACGAAAUGGCGUUCUACCAGCAUUUCAGGCAGGUGCUGCACCGGGACUUUGGCAACGCGUUCUACGUGCCGCAAGUCUUUCCAAGUUGUUCUACAAAGAAAAUCCUCGUCACCGAAUUCAUCAGCGGCCUUUCUCUUGAAGAAGUUGGGCAGCAGAUGUCGCAAGAGGUGCGAGACUCCCUCGCAGAGCGUCUCGUGCGGCUGGUGCUGGCUGAGAUUUUCCUAUAUCGUCUCAUGAAUACGGAUCCGAACCCCUCAAAUUUCUUCUAUCUCCCUGAAAGAGACGCGCUCGCCCUCAUCGACUUUGGCGCCGGCCGAAUGUACGAUGCGGCUUUCAUCGACAAGUACCUGCAGCUGCUGCACGCCGCAGUCGAAGAGAGAGCGGAGGUCGUGAGGCGCCUCGCGGGCGAGCUCGGUUUCUUUGGGGGGAGUUCGUCGCCCGCGUUCCUGCAUGCACAGGGAAACGUCUUCCUGGCCUUCGCGCUUUGCUUCCGCCCCCCUCCUGCCGGCGCCUCUGGGCUCUACUCUUUCAAAGAUUCGGAGAUCUUUCCGCUGCUUCACAAGGAGAUGCAGACUGUGAUGAAAAACCGAGAGCGCCCUCCGCCCCCCGAGAUCUACUCGCUCCACCGAAAGCUCGCAGGCUGUUUUCUGCUCUGCGCUGAGAUGAAGGGACGCGCUGACACCGCCAAGGCCUUCCAACAGGUCAUCGAGGCCUACCGCGCGCCGGACGGCGGCCCCUUCAGACCGGCAGAGGAUGUCGAGAGCGCCGAAUCCUAA